AUGCCGUUUGUUUUUCCAGACAGCACUAUUAGUAAAGAUUAUUUUACGGACAACAAUGCUUCCGGCGGUGAAGGUGGUGCUCAGUUUGACUUUGUUAAAUUAGACAAAGGAGCUGUAUUGACAAAAAUAAAAGCUUGGAAAGAUGAUUGGCUUAUUUCGGGCGUUGAGGUUUGGAUGAGUGACGGGAGCAGCAAGUUAGUAGGCAAGCGCGGGGGAACGCCCGGUGAAUUCACUUUCCGAGCUGGGGAACUGAUAACGAAGCUAAAUGUCCAAGCCAGUGGUCCAUAUUCUUCAGUGUUACAGCGUCGGCGACUUGGUGCGAUUUGGAUAGAGACUGACAAACAAAGAUCAUGGGGAAUAUUUUCUCGCAAUCUAACAGAAGACGGUCGUUAUUGGCCAGACGUCGGUUCCGGUAUCUGCUGUGGAAUAUUUGGAGGAGCAGGCGAUGCUAUUGACCGUUUGGGGUUUGCAAUGCUUCAACCAAUUUCGCGAGGGACUUUGAUGAACGUGAAAUAUCCUAAGCUGGAUAUGGAGAUUGUUGCAAGUACGCCGACAACGGUUGCCCACCAGGUGUUUAGCAACGGCACAGAUCGUGAGCAGACUUUCGAGCUGAGUGGGUCAAGGAGCGUGACAAUAACGAGAGAAUGGAGCAUGACCGCGACACUUUCUAUGACCAUUAGCGUAGAAGUGACCGCCGGAAUACCUGAAGUUGCUUCAGCCAAGGAGGGAUUCAGCUGGACCGUGUCAUCAUCCGCCACCCACUCAGUGUCAACAUCCCAUACGGAAACAAAGUCUUGGAAGUGGCCGCUGGUAUGCCCACCACAUACGAAAAUUCUUGGGGAGGCAACGAUGUACGCAGACGACAUUGACACCGAGUACGAGGCCGAGAUGGAGCUUAAAUUGAAAAAUGGAAAAACCUAUCGCUACCAUGUGAACGGCGUUUACAACGGCCUGAAUGCCAGAUCCGGCAACGUCACCGUUCAAAACUUGGGACCAUAUACACAAUAG